UCCACAGGUCUUAAAAUUGCCAAGAUUGGAGACACCUGUUCUGCAUAACGAUUAUGCUAACAAUCAGCAGGGGGAGCUCAAGCCCUCGGCGCUGAGGCAGAGAUCGUCGAAACCGAGAAACUGGAGGAAACCAACGGCCCGUUAGAGGUCCGCUUCACGUGACCCAAGCAAGGUGGCUUGAAAGCCCACAUAAUUCUCGGCAGCCGCCAUGGGGCCGAAGCCGGAAGUAGAUUUUCCUGCCUGCGAUGAGAUAUCAACCCACAGGAAGUCAGCCUUGGGUUUUUGAAACUUCGGCCCGACUUGGACGGGAAGCCUCUGGAGUGGGUUCCGUGGACUCGCUAGCAGUUGGUACGAUGAGCGACGGGUCAGGGGAGCCGACUACGGAGGUCCCGCCCGUUACCGGAAGAGGGAUUCAUAUCGUCGUGGAAUACUGCAAGCCCUGUGGCUUUGAAUCUGCCUACCUGGAGCUGGCGAGUGCUGUAAAAGAAGAAUACCCUGAUGUGGAGAUUGAAUCCCGUCUUGGGGCCACAGGUACUUUUGAAAUAGAAAUAAAUGGACAAUUGAUCUUCUCCAAACUUGAGAAUGGAGGAUUCCCUUAUGAGAAAGACCUCAUUGAAGCCAUUCGGAGGGCUAGCAAUGGAGAGCCGCUUGAGAAAAUCACCAAGAGCCGGCCACCUUGUGUCAUUCUUUAGUGUAUUUUAUCCAUUCAGUCCAUGUUCUCCACUUACCCAUCCUCCCUGAAUCCUUGUCACGUUUGCUUCCAACUUUAGCUUCCAACUUUUCCUUCUGGUAUUAAUUCCAUCACUAGGUAAAUACCAGAUCAGGACAGACAUUAAAAUAAUUUGGGUUGUUUACAAACAAGUAAAAUAAACUAGAACUUAAGCCAUAUUUUGGAGGUUUAUUUAACAGGGCUUAUUCAAUAAAGUAAUAUUUUUUCCUUGAGGAGAAUUUAAUGUAAUUCAUUUUUCUAUGUUUGAGACACUAGCAUGGAUUUUUCUUAUUGUAUUUCUUUUAACCCCUUCUGAAUGAACGGGAGCAAAACCUCAUAUUUCUUAGAACAUCUUAGAUCUUUUAGCUUCUCUGCUUUUAAAGCCUCAACUUCUGGCCAUUCUGCUCCUUUCCAGGGGUUUAGAAUGAGUUGGUGCCACAACCUGACUUUAUUUUGAAAUCUGCAGGAUCAGAGUGAAGCUUGAUAAGAAGUCUUCCCAAUAGUCCUGUAUAGGUACAAUUGAUGCUACAGCAAAUGUUUUCAAGGACCACAUAUUUUAAGCAACAUUUUGGGGAUCAGUGUUGCUAAAGGAGUGCAUAAGAAUGAAAAACAUCCUGCAUAUCACACUACAUGAAUGAGAAUUAAUCACAACAAUGUUUUUGCUCUCAUACUCCACUGCCAGAAAGAGAUUUAUCUUAGAUUUAAUGUUUCCCAAUUUCAUGUAAGAUUCUGUCGAGAUAACAAGAACAGUGUUGCUACAUAUGAGAGGGGAAUGCUUAGAUUCUCAUUUCUUUUCUACACUACUCUGAACUUUUGCAAAUGACCAUCCUUCUAAAUAUCCCCAAACUAGACAUGAUUUGUUGACGAAGUACCAUAGUUCUUUCAUGCUUAUGUUCUGGACCAAUUUUACUUUUUCUGAGAACAAGUAUGAAAUCAAAAGUAAUUAAUAGUAGGACAUUUAAAAAUAAUUUUGUGAGUGACUUAUAUUUAUAGCUCAAUUGUCUUUUUUUUAACUUUUCACCCCAUUCCCAAUAAGUAUUUUUGCAGUUCAGUUAUUUCAACAGUAAGUUACGAGCCUAACUCUUCCAUUGCAAUCAGUGAGACUUUUAAGCGUUUCAUUUGGAUCAGUGUGUGUACCUAUCUAACUUGAAGUGUUUACUUGCCAAUAAGUCCUUUUGAUUAAAUUGCAGAUCUAUAUCUAUUAUACUAGUAAUACCGAUUUCAUGACUUGAUCUUAUUGUGAUAGUAAGUAUUCUUAUCAGUACAUAUGGCAAACAUUGAAAUUAGAACAUAAGUUAUCAACCCUGUAACUGCAUGUUUCACAGCUUAUUUCGUGAGAAUAAGCAAUAGAAUUUCCUUUAGUUUUUACUUUACUGUCAUUUUCACUGUACUAUGAUGCCUCUAUUUUGUCUUAAGACUUGAUUCUAAUAAUCCAAUUUUCAUCUUGGAUCGAUUGGUGAGUAAUUCUAAGAAGUAAUUGAAAAUAAUGCUGCUUAUUGGCACCCUUUGCUGGUGCCAGACAGUGAAAGGCA